UUCGUAUGUUAUUUACGUACGUUGUACAGGUAGUGUGAUUUGUGAAUAUUGGAGCAGGUAACCGAUAGAAGCGCGUGACGCGCCUAGCAGUGGUGGUAGCAGAAGCCAGAGAAGUUCAUCAAAGGUGGCUUUUGAUGAAUAUCUAAUCAUGGAAACAAACUUGCAGUCAUAUACUCGAUGUGCAGCAACUGAAGUAAUAAAGUUUUUACUGUUACCCGCUGCUUGAAAGAAGAACAGUGUAAAUUGCCAUUAAUUGUAAUGGUUGAGGAAAUCAGUCAGAAGAUGGAAGGAAACUCUGUUUGCAAUAAAUCAGCAGUUUAUUUCAUGAUAAGUUUUCGUCAGCUCUGUAUCGUAACAGUAUCUCUACCACUGUGUGCACUGCUCAUCUGUUUUGUCACUGCCUAUAUCUUCCAGCAAGAUGAUAUUCAUGAAACACAUUGUCGAGUGUACAAUGUCAUCCCCUCCAUCAGUGCAAUCACAGGUGUAAGUCCACAGCGCUAUUUGUGGCGUGUGUGUGUAGCAUUCCAUAUUGGCCCACGUAUUAUCAUUGCAUCAAUGUACCGUACUUAUUACCAUUCACUACUGUCAUCACAAUCUCCAGGCCCCAAUCACCCAGGCAGCAGAGGAUAUCGUCUCCUAAACGUCGCAUAUUGGCUCAGCCUAGUCGAGAUUGCUGCACUUUGUGGCGUUACCUACAUUUCUAACAGGGAAAACUAUCCUGUACAUGAGAAAAUCUUCAUGGUGUUCAUGUUUGGGUCCCUUAGCUACAUGCUUGCCACAAUCAAAGUCUUCAGAUUGGUUAAACCAAAUAUGAGUGAUACUGAGAGGAACUCAUAUUUGAUAAAAAAGGGUCUGUUUGCAACUUCAAUUGUGAGCACUGUUGGACUGUGUAUCUUUUUCCUCAAACAUCGCCUUCUGUGCCAUGAUAUGGCAUUUAGUUGGUUCUCCUUUUGUGAGUACCUGAUUGCAUCGGCAAACAUGGCGUUCCACAUGACGGUGGUUCUGGACUUCCCAACAGAGCAGCUGAUCGUGGCACAGGGAUCACCAGGCAUGGUACUCGUCAGCUCGACCACAGCAACCCAGCAGCAACAGGAACAUCACUGGAAGUCUGAGUAGUUCCUCUCUCAACUUGCUCUUAUAUGUAUUCUUGCCACACUCGCUUCUCUUCACUCACCAGCCACUGUUCGGAGUGGCUGGGUCAGAGUAGUUUGGCAAUUUAGAUGCAGCAUUGGUCUGGUGUAUAUUUGUUUUAAAAUAUUACACCAGUCCAAAAUUUUACAGCUAGGCUACUAACUGCAGCCAUUUACUGCAGAAUCGUUACUUGAAGGAUGAGCCAUGUUAGCUUCCACUAUCAGACAGCUGAGAACAUUGAUAUGAUUGGUAUAUUCAGAUGUGGAUUUCUGCUAGUCCCUUGUGUAAUUUUUUUUUUCACAUGAUUAAAGAAUUAGACCCACAAGAACUCUGCAAAACAGAGGUGACAACUGAUAUAUAGAACACAACUAUCCAUAACAAUCGAAUAGUAUGUGGAACAUGUCUCUUUGUUCUGAAAGGUUAAGUAUCUUCUUUAUUUUUCCUUUAAUUCAAUGCCUUCAUUAGAAAUUUUGUUUUAUAACAGUUGAAACAUGUCUGAAAAUAUACCACAACCACUGUCAUGAUGUGAAAUUCCAAUGCUGCAUGUAUAUUGUGGAGGUUUUUAUGGAUCUGGCAGAGACAAUUAGUUGGCUGUUUGGGCCCAGCCCAGCCUAGUUAGUCUAGCCAGCAUGUGCCUACAAAUCCAUCUAAGGGAUUAUUUCACAUUGACUUGUAAAACCAUAGGCAGGAGGAAGCAUAGAAGGCUUUAAUUUCAUACCAAAGAAUAAGAUCCUGAUUUUUUAAGGUAGCAAUUUUAGUCAUAUUUAUUUGUUAUUUAUUUGUCAACUGUCUUAAGUUACUGGGUCCUUCCUUUUGUGUUUUGGGAGCUGAACUGCUCUGUCAUUAAUGAAGCAUAUUGCUUUGGUACUGCAGAAACACAGUCUUGCCCAGAACGCAUAGAUAGUGCAGUUUCUUUUCAAUACAUGCCUUUUUGUUCAUGUAGUUUUUGUAGCAUUGCAACUAACAAUUUUACUGAUCCUGGACUGUGAAGUUAGCUGCACUGAAUCAGAAUAUGACUGUCCAGUUGCCCGGUUACUGUUACUAAUAUAACUUGAGUUAGAAUUCUUCAGGUAGUGAUUAAGUUCUAACUGGAAGAUGUGGAAGUGUGGGUUAUGCAAGAAUGCAUACAGAAUUUUGGUAGGUAAGUUUGUAAGUUUCAUGGAAUGUGACCACAUCAAAGACUUGGAAGAAAGUAGACACUGAUAUUAAAAUGGAUCUGAAGAAAGUGAGUUCUGAGGGUGUGAACUAUAUGUCUUUUUACCACCAGAUCAAUUUAUUGGUGAAUGCAGACACUUUU